CGGAAAAGAAAAGAAGAUUUUAUACGCCCUCUAUUAUCCCCCCCAGCCGCCGUGAAAGCUACCGCCGGCCGGCCGCCGCCGCAACGCCAUGUUCCAACUCCGAGCGCGUGACCUCUCUUUCCUCGUCCACUCACCACCCUGUCUCCCCGCUCCCCGCGUCUCUCCCCUCUUCGCCCUUCGCCGCAACCUCUCCGCCACCACAUCCGCUUCACCAGGCCCUUUCGCCGCCGAGGACUACCUGGUCGCCACCUGCGGCGUUCCCCGCGCGCAAGCCGUCAAGGCAGCGAAGAAGAUAUCCCACCUGAAGUCCUCCUCGAAGCCCGACGCGGUCGUCGCCUUCCUCUCCGGCCUCGGCGUCCCCCGCUCCGACAUCGCCGCCAUCGUCGCCGUCGACCCGUGGUUCCUCUGCGCCAGCGUGGAGAGGACCCUGGCGCCCCGAGUCACCGAGCUGAGGGAGCUCGGCCUCUCGCGCUCCGAGGUCGCGCGCCUCAUCCCGCUCGCCCUGUGCUCCUUCCGCAGCAGCUCCCUCAGGGGCAACCUCGACUUCUGGCUCUCGGUCUUCGGCUCCUACGAGAAGCUCCUCAAGGCCCUCAAGAUGAACUCCGGCCUCCUCGCCGCCGACCUCGAGAAGGUGGCCAAGCCGAAUCUGGCCCUCCUCCAGCAAUGCGGGCUAAGUCCCUCUGUCUUCUCGGAGCCCUUCAUUUCCCGGGUGCUCAUCAGGACCCCCAAGAAAGUCCAGGACGCUUUGGUGCACAUUGACAAGUUUGGGGUGUCGCAGAACUCGCGGAUGUUCCUCUACGCGCUUGUGGCGUUCACUGUGCAGAGUCCGGAGAAGCUCACCGACAAAAUCGGAGUCCUGGAGACGCUUGGUUGGUCGCAGGGUGAUGUGCUGCUAGCUGUGAAGACGAUGCCGGGUAUCCUGACCAUAUCCGAGGAGAGGCUGCAGAAAAAUGUGCAUUUCCUCACAAAGGUUGCUGGGCUGGAGAUAUCUUACAUUGCUCAAAGACCGGUGCUGCUCAAGUAUAGCCUUGAGCGCCGUUUGUUUCCUAGGUUCGUGCAUCCUUACAAGGAGAGGCUUCCAGGCCUUGCUGAUGUUUAUGCUUCAAGCUGUGCUGGGAAACUACACAUGGAGUUGCUAUCAGAGAACACAAAACAAAACUAGAGAAUCUACCUUACCUGUCCUGGGUGAGUACCAUAGGAUGGAAAAUGUUAAGGUUUGUCAUCCCCCUUGGUCCAUUGCUCAAGUUCUGUGCAGUUUUUCUGGAAGUGAUCCUCUAUAGUGUUAUUAACUGAUGAAAAAGCAUGGUUACAGGUUAUCAUCUUGCCAGAAAUAGAACGUGUAAUGAAAUUUCUGGGAAUGAUCAUGCUUAACUUCAUCUGCACUUGGUUUUAUUGUUUCUUGGGCUUUCACUGGCAAAUGAUUGUGUAUUUAGAUGCAACUUUACAUCUGUAUAUCUGAUUCUAAAUGGUUGCAUAUGGAUUUCGAUUUUCUCAAAGACAUGCAUGUGAACAUUUAGAAAAGUUAUUGAGGUGUUGGCUUCAGCUGUAAAAGAUUAAUUUUUAGGAACUGGCAAAAUUAUGUGCUUUCCACGAACCAAGUUGAAAUAAUUUAGAGCCUACAUCACAAAGUAUAACUACAAAAAAUCAGAGAUUCAACAUUAUACAAGACAUGGAAUGAUUUUUGAAAAUGGUGAAGUGCAAUAUUGUUUUGAAGAGAUAGUAUUUUUUUCUAGAUGUGGCAAUAGUAGAAUGAGAGAACUUGUUAUAUUUGGAUAGUGUUUAAGCCAUUAAGCCCUUUUCGUAUUGAUAACUAUCCCUUUUUUUUUAUAUAAGUAUCCCUUUCGCUACCCUGCACUGGUAAGUACUGCAAAAUGAAGAAAUGAGAUUCGCUCCCCUUAUAUUCAGAAGAAAAACUAAGGGCGUAAGGGGUGGUAUACUAGAUUGUAUGAUUUGAAGUUUGAUAGUCCUCUAGUUAUUGUACUGGGCGGUUUGCCUAGUUUCAGCUUCUUUGCAUGGAAAAGCUAAAUUUCACGACAGAUGAAUGUUUUCUCCAGGAAAGGUUUUCUAGAAACUGGAAACCUGAAGGUUACAAUAUCAACUCUUUUUUACCGGGUUUGAACUUUAGUUUGAUUAUCUGGAGGCCAGGUUAUAGAUUAACAGCAAGUGAGUGGCCAUAUUAUUUGAUUGUAUUUUUGUAUUACAAAACAUAUUUCCAAAAUUCCAUCUUCAAUACUUAUUGCUAAACGUUUUCUUGAAAACUAAAGAAUAUCUGUAGGUUGAGCUAGCAGCUACAGAUAAUUAUAUGGAUACUUAGUUACUAUGGUAGACUCAAGGAUUUCAUCAACUCUGGAUUAAGGUUUGAAGUUUUAACCACGUGGUAGGACGGUGUAGGUGCGAGCAUGUUCAUUACUGAAGCCGUUGAGCCUCCUCAUUUCCAUGCAAUUUCAGUCUCUAAUGUAUUUAUGCUACCAAGUUGAAGCUGCUGUUGAUUAUGGAGAUUCUCUUACAAUUGAUGGUCAGGAUAGAUGAGCCAACCGAACUAUUCAUAAUCAUGCUAAUCUCCUGUAGCCAAUAUGUUGACCCGAAUAGAGAUCGUCUCAACUAGGGUACAUGUGUCAUUGUUGCCUAAACAACAACACAUACAUAAUCACACCACAAGCAAUAUAGCUCAGCACGCAGUAGCGGGCAUAACAACAUGAGGGCAAACCUUUUGCUCUCAGGAUGGAUGCCAUGGAUAUGGUGUCCAUCAGUCUCUGCUUAACGAGGCUAAAGGGAUCAAAUUAAUUACUCGGACACAUGGGUUGCCCAAUGCCUCUCAAGUCUGUCCCAUUUGCAUACAACGUGAUCUCUACUGUCUACAUAUAUGGACGAUCUCCAUUCAUCAUCAGUAGACUAACUGGGAUAUAAAGAGGCUUUGAAUGUAUGUAUGCUUAUAUGUUGGGCAUUGCUGCCACAGAGAUGCUUCACUGCAUUGCAUUUAUCGGCUAAUGUGGAUGGACACUUCUUCAUUUUCAGCACAUGCAUGCUGUACUUUCUUCUAGUUAUAUUGAUUUGCUACCUCCAUCUUUAUUGUAGAACCAUAUUUAUUUUUCUGUGCUCACAGGCAUUUGAUAAGGUUGCACGCUGACUGUCAUGUGCAGAACCUGGUAAAGAUCUAGAGAACAGGGAUACGACAGUCGCCCUCAUCUAGCCGCUUGCAGGGUCUAAUUUUCCAAAAUAUGCAUUCUUGUUCGUACCGGCUUAGAAAAUACGUGCAGUAACUUGUUCUGGUUAACUACAACUUCUGAAUCUUGUAUGUCACAUUUUGUAUGUGUAUGCAUAUAUGAAUUUGUUAGGCUUGUGGCGACACAAAUAUAGUUAUCGUUACAUGAAAAACACAAGCUUGUUUGCUUCCUAGUAAUCAUGUGUGCAGGCUCCAAAUAAUAAUAAUUUCUCAGCUGCCUAGUCCAAUAUCUAGUUUGAAACUGAAGAUUAACAUCCAUUGUUUUUCAGCAAGAUUUUAUGUUUCCAUUGGUGUUAUUUCUUGUUUCAUAUUUCUAUAUAUUACUUAGGUGGUUGGUUCUACAAUGAAGGACUGGGCAAAGUCUCAGUAGUCCACUGCUAUCGUCAUAUUCUCAGUUCUGUAUUAAUAAGUUUCAGAAUCCUGCUUGAUAGUAGCAGUUUUUAGUGGAAUCUCGGACAUGGAA